AUGAUGGCCUCGCACGAGGUUACGGGCAGAGAUCAGAUCGGCAGCGCGCCUAAUCCCGUGCUCGGGGGGCUCGGGCAAUCGACGACACGGCCGCUGCAGUUUCCCCGCGAUCCCGAGUCGGAUGAGUCACCAGACGACUCUGCGACGUCGUCUCCAUCGUCAUCGGCGUGCGAUCACGCGGCGGCUGGUCGCGAUUGCGACCCUGGGAGCGGAAGAGGUGGAGGGGUGGGCGACAUGGUGGAAGCUUCGCUUGCAACUUUUGGGGUUACAUCUGUUCUGCGGUUUCGUAACCUUUCACACUCUGUCGCAUCGAGGCGAAUUGGCGUGAGAAGUAUUUCCAGCCGUAGGAUUCUCGUCGACAUCAGCGGCAGCGCAAAAUCGGGACAGAUCACAGCGAUCAUGGGAGCGAGUGGAGCGGGGAAAACGACGCUGCUGAACAUCUUGGCAUGCCGUAUAGCAUCGGGUCGGCGAGCUGGCGAAGUGGAGCUCGACGGGUUACCCGUGCGAAGCGGAACGAUGCGACGAGUUUCGGCGUAUGUGAUGCAGGACGACCUCAUGUUCCCGUCGCUCACGGUGCGCGAAACGAUGAUGUUCGCCGCGGAGCUUCGCCUGCCGCAGAGCGUGAGGCGGGAGGAGAAGGUGGCGAGGGUGGCGCGGCUGCUCGAAUUGCUUGGAUUGACGGAAGUUGCGGAAACGAAAAUUGGGGACGAGGGGCAGAGGGGCGUGUCUGGUGGCGAGAGGAAGCGCGUCGCGAUCGGAACAGAGAUCAUCUGCGACCCGAAGAUUCUCUUCCUGGACGAGCCCACGUCGGGACUCGACUCGACGAGCGCGUUCCGCGUGGUGCGGGCGAUUAAAGACAUCGCGACCAACACGAACAGCAUCGCCGUCAUGGUGCUGCACCAGGUGCGACCUUCCUCAUGGUGCUGCACCAGGUACGACCUUCCUCAUGGUGCUGCACCAGGUGCGACCUUCCUCAUGGUGCUGCACCAGGUACGACCUUCCUCAUGGUGCUGCACCAGGUACGACCUUCCUCAUGGUGCUGCACCAGGUGCGACCUUCCUCAUGGUGCUGCACCAGGUGCGACCGCGUUUCCUCUUCCACGUGCUCGGGACGACCAUCACCUUUAUCCCGACUCUCUCCCCCUCCCUUCCCCACAUCCCCCUCCCUAUCCCCCAUUCUCCUCACCUUUCCUUUCCGCCAACCAACCCCCCUUUUUUCUCCCCCUCCCAGCCCAGCUUCCGCGUUCUAGGCCUCGUCGACCGUUUGAUCCUCCUCGCGUCGGGCCACGCUGUCUUUCAAGGCGCGCCUCCCACGCUGCCGCGCUUCCUCGAGUCGGUCGGGUUCCCCGUGCCGCAGUUCGCUAACAGCACAGAGUUCGCGCUGGAUCUUAUCGAGGAUAUGCAGCGGUCGAGCCGCGGUGUCGCGGAUUUGGUGCAUUUUGCGCGGGAAUAUGAAAGGGAGCAAGAGGAAGAGGAGGAGCGGGAAAGGAAGCUAGGGAAGCUGGGAGAACAGGCUGUGCUGCGGCGUAACCCUCAAUCAAAGGGUGUUUUACAACUGGCGGUGCUGACGAGACGGAAUGCCCUGAUCACGUUUCGCACGCCCGCGCUGUAUCUUCUGCGACUGGGCCUGAUUGCUAUUACGGGGAUAAUGCUCGCGACCAUCUUCUUCCAACCAAAUGACAGCAUGAAGGGUUUUCAGGAACGGCUGGCCUUUUUCUCCUUCGCCAUAUGCGUGCUCUUUUUCGUCUCCUGCGACGCAGUUCCCAUCUUCAUCCAAGAGCGGAACAUUUUUCUCCGGGAGACCAGCAGCAGCGCGUACCGCCCGUCCACGUACCUCCUCUCCUCCACCCUCGUCUAUCUCCCCCUACAUCUGCUUAUGGCACUCACGCUCGUGCUCGAGGCCUGGUGGUGCCUGGGCCUGCAGGGGGGACCUGAGGGAUUCUGCUUCAUGGUGCUUGCGUGCUUCGCCAUGCUUUUCACUGGGAAUGCCAUCGCUACGUGUGUCAGCAUCUGCGUCAACCAUGUAGUGCUGGCCUAUGCAGUGGCCAUUGCUCUCAUGGCAUACUUUGCUCUCCUCAGCGGGUUCUACAUCGACAGGGAGAGCAUCCCAGACGGCUGGGUCUGGCUGCACUACUUCUCGCCCAUGAAGUAUGCGUACGAGGCGCUCGCAAUCAACGAGUUCGGCAGGCCUGGAGGUCCCUGCUACUUGGAAGCUGGCACAAUGUUCGAUAAUACACCAGUGGCGCCGUAUCUAAACGCAACCAGAAUCAACAAGGCCAUGAUAGGGAUGCGGCAGGUGCUGGCUGGUACCCCUUACAGCAAAAUCACUAUAAGCACGUGUUUGCGGGACGGGCCGCAGCUGCUAACAACUACACUGGCGGUGAAUCAGCUAGACAUGUGGGAGAAUGUUGCGGUGCUGCUGGGUUUUGGGGUGUUUGUGCGGUUUGUCACGUUUCUGCUUUUGGUGCGGUUCAGUAAAGCUAAGCACCAGUGA